CUAUAAACUCAGUUCAUAUAAACUUAUCGAUUAGCCAACACUGUGGUCAAUUAAAGCCUAGCAACGGGUUUUCCCGAUGACAACAACAUACUAAAAACCCAAUUUCCUAGGCAACGCUGAACCAUGUCAAAUGAUAUUUACAGCGAGCUCUGUUAACAAACCUGAGCAUAAAUUAAAUUUACAACUUAAGAAGACAUUAGCCAAAAUAGACAAUGAGUGAAAAGGAAACUGAGGACAAUCGAGUUGCCAGCAAUGUGGAACCAGCUACAUCAGUGCCACCUCCGCCUCCAACAGCUGCCGGUAGACCGCCAACUUCGCAGCUCUUUUCACGUGGCAAUUUGGUCAGUAGUCGCACUGCCGGCGAUCGAACUGCUCUGGCGAGGCCGUCGACAGCAGUGCGGGCUGUGGGAUAUGCGGCCAGCAGCAGCGGAUCGGCGGGUCAGCGUUUCGAUCAAUUCUUUCUGGAGAAGGUCAAGCAACAGGCGCUGUCGUCGGCCAAUGCCGCUGUCGAUGCAGCCAAGGAUGUCAAUCCGCAGAUCAAGUACAAGAAUAUGGAAACAAAAAUAGUCAAGCUGCUGGAAUCAUCGAUAGUGCUGGCAGCCCGCUGUUCACCAAAUCGCCCCAGUGGCCCCAAUAAUAAUACUGAAGUGAAGUCUUCGCUGGCUGAAGCGCUGAACAAGGCAAAGGAUGCAUCCUCAUUGGAUCGCAUACUGCAUCAUGAACAGGACAAGCAGGGCGAGAAUGUGUUUCACAAUUUUGAAUUGACUUAUGCGGUAUUCUUCAAUCUGGCCGAGCAAUACGAGCACAAUGAGAUGCACAUUGAGGCCCUAAACACCUAUAACAUAAUGACCAAGAAUAAAAUGUUUCCCCACGUGAAUCAAUUGAAGUUGAACAUGGGCAACAUCUAUUUCAAGAUGGGAAUGCAUAAGAAGGCUAUUAAAAUGUAUCGCAUGGCAUUGGAUUCGGUGCCCAACACGCUGAAGCAGCUGCGUCUGAAAAUCACCGAGAAUAUUGGCGUCUUAUUCGUACGGAUGGGUCAAUAUUCGGAUGCUGCCUCCAGUUUUGAGUUCAUCAUGUCGGAACGGGCAGAUAUUCGCAGUGGCAUCCACUUGCUACUCUGUUACUAUGCCAUGGGAGAUGUAGACAAGAUCAAGAGCACAUUUCGCUCCCUGUGCGAAGUGCAGCCCGUUGAAAACGAACGCGACUUGGAGAAUGAGAACAAUAUUAUACGACUACAGCAGCAGGCGGAGCAUGCCGAAAAAUCGGGCACAACUCAGGCGCAAGUUGGAGACACUCAUGCGGAGGUGGCCAUCAUAGAUGCAAAUGGUGGCAGUUCCUAUGAGCAAGUCAAUGAGACCAACAAGAGCUCCGCGAAUACAAAGAAUCGGUAUGUUUUGCAGGCCCUCAAGACCGAUGAAUUGGCCAUUUAUACCAAACAGCGAAGAAAUGUAGAGAAACGCUCCAUUACAAUGAUUGUCGAUCUGAUAUCCCCACUCAUUGAGGAGAAUUAUAAUGAUGGGUAUAACUGGUGCAUUGAGGUGAUAAGGACAUCAAAUCUAUCCUGGCUGGCCAACGAACUGGAGCUGAACAAGGCGCUCGUCUAUCUGCGCCAGAACGAUGUCAAUCAGGCCAUCGAGAUGCUGCAAAUGUACGAUCGCAAAAGCGAGAGCUCCAUGACUGCCAGUGCACUGACCAAUCUCAGUUUUAUCUACAUAAAUCUGGGCAACAUGGAGAUGGCCACCCAUUGCCUGAAUCAACUGCAAGAGAUCGGAGCACUGCAGACGAGUCCUUUGGCGCUUGUCAAUGCCAGCAUUGUGGACAAACUGAAUCAGAAUCUCAGCUCGGCCAGGGAGCGAUUGCAGCGUGCAUUGCAACUGGACCCGACUAGUUUUGAGGCCAAUUACAAUUUGGGUCUGAUUGCCCUGCAAGAACAAGAUUUCGAGCAGGCCGAGGAGCAGUUUGAGCUAUUGAAGGCACAACUAAUGGAGCCGCAUUCGAUGCAGCACAGCCAUGUCUACUAUCAGCUGGCCAAACUGCAGGAGCGCCGCCUGAGCAGUGCAUCCGCCUCCUCGUCUGGUGCACUCCAAGCCUAUCUGCAGGUGCUGGGCAUCUCGGCGUCCGACAUUGAUUCGCGUCUGUUCGAGAAGGUGGGCAGCAUGUACGAGCAGCGACAGGAUCACCAGGAGGCGAAUCAAUACUAUAACGAGGCGUAUCGUAUCAAUAUGAGUGACAUAAGCAUUGCCAGCUCCAUUGGCUCCUACUACAUAAAGCUGCAGGCCACCGAGAAGGCUCUCUAUUACUAUGAGCGUGCCGUCCUCGCCGAUCCCAAUGACCCCAAUCUGAUGCUUCGCAUUGCCAGCUGCUUUCGCAACUCGUAUCUGCCGCCCAAGCAGUAUCUGGGCAUGUUUGAGAACAUCUAUGCCCGCUUUCCCGACAACCUGACCUGUGUGCGCGCCCUGAUGCAAGUGACCAAGUCGCUGGGUAUGAGCGAAUUGCACGAGCGCUAUGGCCAGGAUUAUGUGAGGCUGCAGAAGCAGCAACAGGAGCGUCAGAACGAACAGCGCUAUCAGCAGCAGCGCCUAUCGUCUGCCACCUCCGGCAGGGCCAACAGUCGCCUCAAAACACUGCGUCAGUCAAAUGAGGAGCGCCUACAGGAGAACAUCGACAUCUCGGCCACUCUCAUGUCGAGUCCAACGAGCUACAAUGGCGAACAGUUCCUGCAAAGCGGCAACUCUUACCUGGUUAAACAGCAUGUGGAUCCCCUAGGCCCGCCAGCAGAACGUCCUCGCACAGGAAUGUUUCGAGGACAGCAGAGCAACGACUCGGACGAUGAUGCGGAAAUGAAUGCAGACAGUUUGCUGCCCAUUUAAAGAAAGUUGGCAUUAUAUUGAACUAGUCAUAA